ACAAAAAAAAUUACCCAAUCCGACUAAAACACUGAAAUUAAAAACUCCAAAAAAAUUAUAAAUACAGUUUUUUCAUUCUAUAAAAAAAUAUUUUAACACUGACUGUAAUUCAAUUUAAAAUUUUGAAAGAUAUGGAAGGUGGAGGACGUAAUGUUGAAGAAGUAUUUAAAGAUUUCAAAGGCAGACAUGGUGGCAUUGUCAAAGCUCUUACCACUGAUGUUGAGGUGUUUGUUCGGCAGUGUGAUCCAAACAAAGAGAAUCAGUGCUUGUAUGGCUAUCCCGGUGAGCAAUGGGAAGUCGGGUUACCUGCUGAAGAAGUGCCUUCCGAGCUUCCUGAGCCUGUGCUCGGUAUUAACUUUGCAAGGGACGGCAUGCAACGAAAUGAGUGGUUGGCCUUAGUUGCUGUUCAUAGUGAUGCAUGGCUGCUUUCUGUGGCCUUCUAUUUUGGUGCCAGAUUCGGAUUUGACAAAGCUAGCAGGGCAGAACUUUUUAAAUUGAUUAACGAUACUCCGACAGUAUUCGAAAUUGUGAGUGGCAAGGUGAAGACACAAGCGACGAAAAAGUCAUCUGGCGCCAAUCGCAAUACACCCAAGUCAAACUCCAAAGCGCAGGGAGGCAAAAAACAGGAACCUCGGGCAAAGUAUUCAAAACCUUUAGCGCCACCUCGAGGAGAAGAGUACUUAGAUGAAGGCAUUGAGGAAGAUGACGAUGACGAGGAUGAAGAGCAUGGAGAAGCCUCGUGUGGUUUAUGUGAGAGAAUUUACGAUACUGAGGAAUUCUGGAUUGCCUGCGAUAUCUGUGAGAGGUGGUUUCAUGGUGGCUGCGUCAAUGUGACUCCUGCUAAAGCUGCGAAUAUUGCGCGGUUCAAGUGCCCUGCGUGCAACAACAAGAGAGUUCGCCCUUGAUAAAUGGUUGAGCUCUUUUACUGAACUCUACUAACUGUGUUGCAUAAUCAGUUUGUUUCUUAGCCAGGGGUGUUCAAAUUAUGUAGUUUUUUUCUUUUUGGUUUGGUUUUUUAUUUUUGAAAUUUGGACAAUCUAAUUACAAUUUAAUUUGGAAAAAUUUAUAUCAAUGGUUGAUUUUUACCGUCA